AUGGCCUCGUCUGCCCUCAGCAAGUGGCUGCGGCCGGAGGUAAGUAAUUUCUCUAUCUCGCUCGUCGCCCGCGCUGCUGCCUCAACCGGUCGAUCUCGUAGGUAGUUGCAUCGAUCUUCGGAUUUAUUUUGAUUAUGCUGCGUGUGAUCUGUAGGUUUACCCGCUUUUCGCUGCGGUCGGGGUCGCCGUUGGGAUCUGCGGCUUCCAGCUGGUCCGCAACGUCUGCAUCAAUCCUGAAGUCAGGUGCGGGGAAAUGCUCGACCAGUUUUUUUUUUUUCCGCUAAUCGACCGUCUCUUCGUGAGAGCGUUGAAUGGAUUUAGUGGAUCUCUCAUUGAUUUGGCUUAUUGGACGGGGAAACGAAUUUUUAGUUCUGCGAUACUUCUCCGAGGCUGCUUUAUACCGAUCAUCAAGUCAACGUAGCUAAUGAGCCAAAAAAUUACUGGUCACACCAGGCAACAAUUACCAUUUCUGACUUUUAGUUUUAGAUAAAUUCACCUUUUUGCCUUUUUCAAAAUCCAGAUGAAAAAAUGUGAAGCGGUGUCUCUUGUUUUGGAAAUCCAAUUAUACUUUGAAACGGCGUGUUGGACAAUAGUCGUUGGGCAUAAAGCUUGUAUCUAUUGAACUGGGUACCUCUUUUUUAGCUCUAUGCACUGUGAUCACACUUCUCUUUUCUAGAUAGCAUUUAUCUAGAAAUGGGCUAGGUAAGUGAGGGAACUUGAGUCUAUUAAUAUCUUUUCGUAACCUGGCCUGUCGUAUCGUCUCAAGCACUGUGGAUGAGUUUUCCUAUCAAAUACGACUGCCCUGAUUAUGAGGCAACGCGAAUUGAGUAUAUUGUCUCAUUUUUUACCCAUUCCACGUUCAUGCUGGUGACUAUGAUGUUGAAACUUAGGCACCACCACUAGGCUUCUGGCAUUUUUUCAGCAGGAAAAUUAUUGGUAGUAAUGAUUAGUAUAAUUGAAUUACUUAGAAUUGCGAGGAAACUAUUGGUCUUGAUGGUCGAUAUGACUGAAACCAUUGGGUUAUGUCCUUGCUUUUGGUUUUCUAAGACUGAGGGAAGAAGUUGGUUUUAAAAGUAUGAAGGUUGUUUGAGGCUUCUUUUUCCUAAAUGGUUGUGUUACAGUAUGUGAACCUUUCUUGGGAUUUCAUUUCUUUGGUCAAUCUUCUCUAGCAUUUAUUCCGUCUGGAUUCCAUGAUUAUUGCUUGUGCCUUUGUUUUUCCUUUCCCUGCCUUUUACUGGUUGAGGUUACCGUGGAAGGUUGCUCUCUGAUAGGAAUUUUUCUUUGUAUUAUCUUCCAGAUAGGUGGUUAUGUCCCUGCUAGAUAUUUGAUCGCUGUAUUGCUCAAUGUUGAUACCAAUAAAGCAUCAUGCAAGAUAAUUUUUCUAUGUUCCGAUCUCCCUGACCAAUGGGAUAAAGCAUAUGGGGAUUUUGAUAAUCACCAUUUGGAAAUUAAAUAAAAUAUUUGCACGCCUUGGAUCUGCCCAUUUGGUUUCUCUUGUUCCCCGGAUUAGUUCUUCACGUUCAACAUAAGGAAUCCCAUACAACUCUGUCUUCACCUCCUUUCCUCUCGUUUUGUUGGGCCACUAUGCUCCAUUCAAGCCAAGUUCCUACAUCUGCCUACAUUUAUAUGGCGUAUUUUAAUACUUAAAAGAAAUUUUCCUCGUGGAGUAGGUAUGUGAUUACAGGAUUUAUGUUCGUAACGGGGUGGCAAAAGGAAAAUUGAAGGAACAGCGCAUGAGGAACAAAGCGAUGGAUGAUGAUUCAUCCUAUUUUUUUAACUUAGAACUUAUCCUAGCAUCACGUAAUUUACUUUUAGUCCAAACGAAGCUUGAUAGGGAUGAUAACUGGUUAGAUUUCAUCCGUUUUAUUCCAACAAUAUGUUAUGCGGAUGAGCAUGAAAAUGAAGCGUCCACUAUUUCAUAAUACCAUAAAAGAUGAUGGAGUUAUGUCCUCCAAUCUAUCCAAAACCUUGUGAUUCAGAUAGAAGCACAUGAUUUGGAGUUUUACACCAAAACGUAAAUUUUACUAAAUUUAUCCAAUUCUGAGAGACUAGUCAAUCAAGAGGCCCAUUGUUUCUAAUUAAAAAUGCCACGUUCUCUCGUCGUCCUUUUAUUACGUAAAUAAUGUCGUUCAUUGAAUUUUAUUAUCUCAUAUCUCGAAAUUUGGGACCAUCAUUUGUAAAAAUGACUCAGUAGUUCAGUUUUCUCGGAUUUUGUCCAAGAAUGCCACCGGAUCAUUUUUGUCCCAAAGCUCUGAUACUUGCUCAUUGCCUUCUUCUCACAGGGUGAACAAGGAAGGGAGGACUUCUGGUGUCUUGGACAACUUUGCAGAGGGGGAGAAAUACGCAGAGCACGGACUCCGCAAGUUCCUCCGCAAUAAGUCCCCUGAGAUCAUGCCAGCCAUCAAUGGAUUCUUCACCAAUCCCAAGUGA